CGCCUGCCCCAGACAGAGUGGGAGGAGAUGGAGAUGAAAGCAGAUCCUGAAUAUGUCAAUGCUGAGGCGUCCAUGGACCCUCUGGCUCCGCUGCUUUCGUCAGUGACUUGGAGCGCUCUGAGAACUUUGUGAACUCUCCGUGUUGGAGAGAGGAAGGGAGAGGAAGGGGAGCAGUUGAUGGGACGCAGCCCAGCAGCAGCAGCAGCAGCAGCAGCAGCAGGCUCCUCUGGAGACGGCAUCAGGACUCUCAGCUGGAGAUAAUCCCCCGAGGUCAUGACUAGACAGCGCCUCAGCCUGCUAACCCCCCUGGCUCUGCUGGGACUCCUUAUGGGGCUUGCAGACAUCAGCCAUGGCUUUGCUGGUGAGGAUGAGGAUUAUUACAUGCAGGAGCUGCUGACAAGAGAUCAGUACAACAAGGUCCAAAUGCUGGAGAAGCCUGUGGCCUCGAUACCUGACAGACAUGAGCACCCCAGUCAAAACCCUGCCAAGAAAGUGCCCAAGGGAAAGGCAGAGAGCAACAGGCAGACGGAUAAAACCACAGCUGAUACAAAAUCAGUCAAAACAGCCAACAAAAAGGCUGAGAAGAACAAGAAGAGCUCACUGAAAACCGCAAACAGCAUCUCAGAAGAAGAAAGGCGGUACAACUCGAUAAAAGAGGAAUGCCCUCCCAUGGGACUGGAGACAUUGAAGAUUGAUGAUUUUCAGCUUCACGCUUCAACUACGAAACGCUACGGCCUGGGCGCACACAGAGGUCGUCUUAACAUUCAGGCUGGCCUUUAUGAAGAUGACCUCUAUGACGGGGCAUGGUGCGCUGGGAGAGAUGACCCGCUGCAGUGGUUUGAGGUGGAUGCCAGGAGGCUGACAAAGUUCACGGGGGUCAUCACACAAGGCAGGAGCUCCCUCUGGUCGAGCGAUUGGGUGACCUCGUACAAGGUCAUGGUGAGCAAUGACAGCCACACCUGGAUAACACUGAAGAAUGGCUCAGAAGACUUGAUCUUCAGAGGCAACAGGGAAAAGGAGAUCCCAGUCCAGAACAUCUUCCCAGUGCCAGUGGUCGCCCGAUACAUUCGAGUCAACCCUCGCUCUUGGUUCAACAGCGGCAAUAUCUGUAUGAGAGUGGAGAUCCUUGGCUGUCCUAUGCCAGAUCCAAAUAAUUAUUAUCACAGACGCAAUGAAGUCAUAACAACAGACGACUUGGACUUUAGACACCACAGCUACAAAGAAAUGAGGCAGCUUAUGAAGGUGGUUAAUGAAAUGUGCCCCAACAUCACCCGGAUCUAUAAUAUAGGAAAGAGCUACAGUGGCCUCAAGCUGUAUGCCAUAGAGAUUUCCGACAACCCAGGAGAGCAUGAAGUUGGUGAACCAGAGUUUCGUUACACAGCGGGUUCCCAUGGUAACGAGGUACUGGGACGAGAGCUGCUCCUCCUGCUGAUGCAGUUCAUGUGUCUGGAGUAUCUGUCUGGCAACCAGCGGAUACGUCACCUGGUGGAAGAGACCAGAAUCCAUCUAUUGCCAUCUGUCAACCCUGAUGGGUACGAGAAAGCCUUUGAAGUGGGUUCAGAGCUAAGCGGCUGGUCUCUGGGUCGAUGGAGCAAUGAUGGAAUAGACAUUCACCAUAACUUCCCUGACCUAAACUCCAUACUGUGGGAAGCUGAGGCCAAAAAGUGGAUCCCUCGAAAAAUGUUCAACCACCAUGUGCCUAUCCCAGAGUGGUACCUGACUAAAAAUGCUUCGGUUGCCGUGGAGACACGGGCUCUGAUAGCAUGGAUGGAGAAGAUGCCCUUUGUGCUCGGUGGUAACCUCCAGGGAGGGGAGCUCGUGGUGACCUUCCCGUAUGACAAAACUCGCUCUCAGUGGGUGACCAGGGAGCAGACUCCCACCCCGGAUGACCACGUCUUCCGCUGGCUGGCCUUCUCUUACGCGUCCACCCACCGCCUGAUGACCGACGCCAACCAAAGGGUCUGCCACACAGAAGAUUUUGCCAAGGAGGACGGCACCAUCAAUGGAGCGUCCUGGCACACUGCGGCUGGCAGUAUGAAUGAUUUCAGCUUUUUGCACACCAACUGCUUUGAGUUGUCGAUGUAUGUGGGUUGUGACAAAUUCCCUCAUGAGAGCGAACUGCCUGAGGAGUGGGAGAACAAUCGCGAGUCUCUUCUUGUCUUCAUGGAGCAGGUGCAUCGUGGGAUCAAAGGCGUGGUGAGGGAUGUGCAAGGUCGUGGAAUAGCUAAUGCAAUCAUCUCUGUGGAGGGCAUCAGCCACGAUAUCCGCACAGCUGCUGAUGGUGAUUACUGGCGCUUGCUGAACCCCGGAGAGUACAGAGUAACUGCCAGGGCUGAGGGAUACAGCUUCACCAGUAAGAAGUGUGAGGUGGGCUACGAGAUGGGCGCCACCAGGUGCGACUUCAUCAUCGGCCGCACCAACCUGUCACGAAUCAAAGAAAUAAUGGAAAAAUUCAACAAGCAGCCCAUCAAACUGCCCGUUAGGCAGCUCCAAGCUCGCAGGUCCAGAGAGAGACGUCUGGGAACAUAAUGAUUGUUCGGAGAAGAGGGAGGAAGAAUUUAAAACAAACAUCUGCUCUGAUCAGACUGGGGUGAACUCCAAGCCUGGGUUUGGACCUCUGUCAGAUUCCUCUUGGGUACUGUCAGUGGAGUUAGUGUUUGAAGAUGUGGAUUAAUUUAAACGGGAUGUUUUAUUUGGUUUUUGUUUUGUUUGGUUUUGUUCCAUCCCCAGACAUAAGCUCUCUCGGUGUUCACUGUUGUCAUCUCAUCUAUUCUUGAUGUCCAGUCUAAACAUUUGAAUAUUUUAUUCUGUCAAAGGCUAGGUUUAUGUUUAUCACCCCUCUUUUUCAAUUUUUACUCCACCAUCAUCAACUAGAAAUGCUGAUAUUGCAGAUAACAGAAUAUAAUCACACAAAACUUAUUUUUUUAGAUAACAGAAAAUUGAACAAGAUGAAGAUCUGUCUUAGCAUCUCAUUUUAGCCACUGUGAGGAAUGGCCAUGACUGUCAUUAUGUACAUACUUAUUAACUUAUGUAACACGGUUAUGUAAACCAUUACAAAAGCUUUAUUACCUGCACUUGUACAAUUUUUCAGUUCUCUAAAGAAAACUUGUGACUUUUUGUGUGUCACUGACUAGUUUUUUAUACACUUUGCUUUUGGCAAGUCAAUAAAUAAAGACUAUGUUUG